AUGGAAAGACUGUGUCUCGAUAAGACUGCUUUAACAGCAGUAGAUGACUAUCUGGAAUACAGAAGAAUUGUUGGUGAGUACGAUGGAGGCAGGCUAUUUUCCCCAGAAGAAUAUGAAGAAUACAAGAAGAAGGUCCUCCCUCAGAGAUUCAAGAACAGGCUGUAUGUGAGCUUUGGAGUGCCAUGGGGUAAAGACUGCAAGCUCAUAGGCCCAGAGACAGCAUGUUUCUGCAAACAUGGGUACAAGCAGCACCAGACAGACUUUGAGGUUGUUCCUUCUGAGCGGCCUCUAGCUCUCCAAUGUCUGGUCCCAGGAUGUCCAUGUGCCAGUUAUGAGUACGUUCCUCUGAACGGGUCGCAGCCUAUCCGCUGCAGGUGCAAACACUCUGCCCACGAUCACAAUGCAGCCUCCAAACACCUGUGUAGGAAAUGUACAUCCUGUACUGGGUUCCGGAGCCCCUUCACCUGUGGGUGUGGUGAGCCCAGCUCAGACCACCAGACUCAAGUUGAGACAAGAGAGGAACGGGAGGCCCGGGGACACCCUGUUGGUCUGUGUGUUCCUUAUGCUGCAAUGGGAGGACUCACUGGGUUCAGCUCUUUGGCUGAGGGGUACCUGAGACUCGAUGACAGCGGUAUAGGUGCUCCUCCCCUCGACACCUUGACCUCUGGGCCAUCAGGGGCGUUACAGCAUGUGUUUGAGAAGGCCUAUGGUCCAACCUCUGGACCUACAGCUGAGUCGUCAAUGACCCAGGCGUUGUCGAACUUGAGGAUGAAGGAGGAGGAAGAUAUGGCGUACUUGGAGAGGCGCUACCAGGAGAGGGUGAGGAAUGUUCAGUGGCACUAG